AAACCAAGAAUGCAUGCAUGGCUGGUGGGUUCUCUUUCCCAAGUCAUUGCACGAGGAACAAAUCGUGUAAAAAUGAGCCCAAAACGAAAGGGAAAGUGCAAGUCAUGUUUAACAGUAAUAAAACCUAGGUUGGACUGAGCCGGGAGCGGUUUCACUCGUGAAAGAACAAUGACAGCGUGAUGCGUUUGCAUGAAUUACUGAGGCAGAAAGGAAAACCAUGAUUCUUCUUUGGCCUUUAGCUUUCUUCUGUCAUCAGAAUUUAAGGAGCGAUUCAUCGAUGGUGUCAAUGGUAGAUAUUGCGCUAUGUUCUGUAAUGGAAAAACUCGAGAACUGCCUUACUCUACCCUUUUCUUUGGGUGGAACAGACAUAAUUUAUCUUUUCACACCAACCUUAUCACAUACCUUAAAUCCACAAUUUCACAUGUUAAAGAAAAUUGUAUCCAAUGGAAUGUAAUCGAAAAUUAUGAUCAAGUUGAAGCAGUCUUGCUUCAAAACCCUUCUCCGAUCAGUAUGUUGUUCAAAGUCACACAUUUCUUUCAUUAAUACCAUGAGCUUAGAUGUUGAAAGAAGUUAUCCCGGAACGAAAAAACUCAAAGAGAAAUACGAGAAUGCGAAUGAGCUAUGGGAAUAUUUUGUUUGUAUGAAAAGGCUCUGCAAUCCAAUCGAUUCAUUCACAUAUGCUCGUCUCCUGCAGAGAUGUGCGAGCACGGGAUCCUUAGAUAAGGGCAAAAUGGUGCAUGCUCAGAUGAUAAAAUCUGGAGAUAAUGGCAUGGAUACGAUAGUGUGGAAUACGCUUCUUAACAUGUAUGCGAAAAAUGGUUUUGUUGAAGAUGCUCGCCAAGUGUUUGACAAAAUAACUGAACGAAACUUGGUUUCUUGGACUGCUUUGAUAGGAGGAUAUUGUCAGCAGGGUUAUGAGAAUGAAGGAUUGAGACUGUUUUGUGAACUACUGAGAGUGGGGAUGGAGCCGAACCAAUUUACUUUUUCGUGUGUUCUCAAGGCAUGUGCUAGUUUGGGAUCUCUGGAAUUUGGUGAACAGCUUCUUGCUUGCAUUUUUAAGGUUGGAUUUGAGUCGGAUGUUUUUGUGGGGAGUGCCCUUGUUGAUAUGUUAGCUAAAUGUGGAAGUAUAAGGGAUGCGGGCAAAGCAUUUGACAAAAUAGUUGAGCCAGAUAUGGUUUCCUGGUCUGCUAUUAUCGCAGGGUAUGCUCUGAAUGGGUAUGGCGACGAAGCCAUGGAACAUUACUGGAAAAUGCUUAUGGCCGGCAAUAUGCCAAACCAGUUUACCUUCUCUAGCAUGCUUAAGGCGUGUGCUGACGUUAUUGCUCUUGGAGUAGGUAGGCAAGUCCAUGCCCAAAUUAUUAGAAGUAACUACCAAUCAAAUUUCUUUGUGGGAGCUGCCCUUAUUGAUUUGUAUGUCAACUGUGGGCAAAUGGAGAAUGCUUUUGAAGUGUUUGACAAAAUGCCUGAACGUGACACGGUAUUGUGGACUUCCAUGAUAGUGAGAUGUGCUCAGAAUGGCCAGAGUGAGGAGGCUUUGGUGAUAUUUAGUGAAAUGCAACUAGCAGUAGCAAAGCCGGAUCAAUUCACCUUUUCUGGUGUUUUUCAUGCAUGUGCUACCCUCCAAGCUUUGGAACAAGGCAAGCAAGCCCAUGCCCACAUGAUCAAAAUUGGAUGUGGGUUGGAUGCUUUUGCCGGAAGUGCCCUUAUUGACAUGUAUGCCAAGUGCAUAAGUAUAGAAGAUGCUUUGAAUGUUUUUGAUGAAAUGCCAGACCGAAAUGAGGUCUCAUGGAAUACACUGAUUGUUGGGUAUGUGCAGCUUGGGUAUUGUGAAUUGGCUUUGAAACUGUUUAGUAAAAUGCAGGAGGCAGGAAUGAAGCCAAGCCCGGUUACUCUCACAAGCAUUCUUCGAGCCUAUGCCAGUCUAUCAGUUUUGCAGCAGGGCUUGCAACUGCAUUCUUAUAUCAGCAAAUCUGUAUUUUGGUUAGAUGUUUCUGUGGGCAAUGCACUUGUUGACAUGUAUGCCAAAUGUGGAAGUAUAGAAGAUGCCCGGAAAGUAUUUGAGAAAAUGCCAAAUCAUGAUCUAGUUUCAUGGAAUACAAUGAUUGCAGGAUAUGGUUAUCAUGGGCAUGGUGAAAAAGCCAUCCAACUCUUUGAAAAUAUGAAAGUGGCUGGUUUAAAGCCAGACCACAUUACCUUUAUUGGUGUUCUCUCUGCUUGCAGCCGUGCAAGUUUAGUAGAUGAGGGACGCCGCUAUUUUGAUUCCAUGAGUCAAGAUUACGAUAUAUCCCCAAGUAUGGAUCACUAUACCUGCAUGGUAAACCUUUUUGGCCGAUCGGGACACUUUGUUGAAGCAGAGGACUUCAUAAAAAGAAUGCCAGUGAAACCUGGGGUUGCUGUGUGGCAGAGUUUACUUGCUUCCUGCAGAAUCCAUCAGAAUAUAGAGUUAGGAAAAUAUACAGCAAAACAUGCUUUGGAGUUGGAUCCACAGAACGAUGCAACACAUGUGCUUCUUGCAAACAUCUAUGCUGCAGCUGGGAGGUGGAGUGAUGCAGCAGAUGUGAGAAAGUUGAUGGAUGACAAAGGACUAAAAAAGGAACCGGGACAGAGCUGGAUUGAGGUCAAGAGUAGGGUGCAUUCUUUUGCAGCAGGAGAGAAAGCUCACCCACAAAUAGAUGAAAUCCGUGCAAAAUUGGACAGUUUGACUAUUCAGAUGAAAGAGCAAGGGUACAUUCCUGACACUAGUUUUGUCCUGCGUGAUGUGGAGCUGGAGCAGAAGGAACAUUCUCUGAGCUACCAUAGUGAGAAGCUAGCCAUUGCUUUUGGGCUUAUCAGCAAUCCUUUUGGAACCCCUAUUCGAGUUAUUAAUAAUCUUCGUGUAUGUGGUGACUGUCACAAUGCCAUCAAGUUUAUCUCCAAGAUUACUCAACGGGAAAUCGUUGUACGAGACCUGAACCGUUUCCAUCAUUUUGAAAAUGGACUUUGCUCUUGUGGGGGCUUCUGGUGAUGCCAGGCAAAAGAGUUUUAAGUUUAAAGCAUGAGAGUUUUUUGAUUGGCUCUAUGAUGAGGUGCCUGGGCUACUGUUAUAUGCCAAGGGUUUUCUUUCAGCUAUGCAAUAGAAUUACAUCUGGGAGGCAAUUAAGUGCCUUACGCAUAUCAUUGCUAGGUUGAAAGGCUGAAAGCAUCGAUGCUUCAUAUGGUUAUGAGACAAUAUUAUCUGCUGAAGCGGGCGAAGUCUGAUAAAGAGGCACAUGAAUUGUUAAAUGUAAAUUUGGGCGAUUGGGUUUUGUUAUUAUUCUACCGACAAGUACGAUGAGGUAAAUGUGUUCUGUAAACAAUACUCAUUGAAAGUUUUGGAAAUGGGAUAAAUAGUUAAGUAUUGAGAUGGAUGACCUUUCAGAAAGUCUCGAUGUUUUAUUUUUAUGAGGAUCGUCUAGAUAUAAAUGAGUAUUAUGCAGAUCAUUCAUGUUCAUGAGAGAUGGGUUUGUUUAAACCAUAUUUAUGAAAUAUGGGUUAUUGAGUCUGACUCGAAAAUGAUGUAGUUGAAUCCUAGUAAAUUAUCAUACUGAUCCACUGAUCAAUAAAUGGUUUUUACACUCUCUAAGGCAUCUGAAAAAACAAGGUGAAUGUGUUCUAUUUAAUAAAAUCAUAUUGUGUUCUAAUCUCAA